AUGGUGUCGGAGUGUUGUUGGCUGACAGCUGGAGGAACUGCAACGAGUGUGGAUAAUGCAAGGACUUAUGUGAAUAAUUUGAUACAAACCGUGAAGAUUGGAUCUCCGAGGAGGCCAUUGAGACCUAUUGAAGUAUUGAGACAUAUAUUGGGUAUGUUCGAUGAGAAUCAGAAGAGUCCUGAGGUUGAAAAGUUUUUUGGAAUGUUUCUUCCUAAUCAACAAGCUAAGUAUGGUGUCAAAUUUAACUAA